AUGACGGUGGGAGCAAGACUGCGGAGCAAGGCGGCCCGUACGUUCCCGCGCCGCGGGGCCCGAGGGCGAGGGCGGACGGAGGGGGACGAGGAAGCCAUCCUAGAGCACCUGGAAGGCGAGGACGAGACGGCCGAAAGCGGCGCUUGCGGGACGAGCGCGCCGCGUCCGGGGACCCGCAGUGCGCGGAGGGUGCACCUUGCGAGCCUGCCCGACCGUUACGAACCGCUGGAGGAACAGGUGCCGGACGACAAGCCCAAGAAGAAGUACCGGCAGAAGCUGAAGAAGUACGGCAAGAACGUUGGGAAGGUCAUCAGCAAAGGAUGCCUCUACAUUGUUGUGGGCCUGCAAGGGUUUGCUGCAGCCUACUCGGCGCCAUUUGGAGUUGCCACCAGCGUGGUGUCGUUCGUGCGCUAGUGGGAGCCACUGGAGCAGGCACCACAAGAAAAAAUGGAAGCCUUUGUCCAGGAAACAGUACUAAUCCAGAAGAAUGUUGGACUUGAACCCACAGAACAUCUGGAAGAGAAAAAAAAAAAUGUCUAUUGGAUGAGUGUCAUGAAUGAGUCAUUCCUGCCCACUGCUGAGCUUUCUUUCUCUCGGGCACAAGUGGAUCCAGUGGUCAGUCCUGCAGAGAAUUAGGCCAAGGUCAGGUUUGAUAUGAGUUUUCUAAAGCCAGAAUCUUCAUAUGAAAGCAGCAAGGGCUAGGGUGGAGAUAGACACUAGCAGAUCAGGCAGUGUGGGUGGGUGUGAGUGGUAAUGUUGAAGAGGCAAGAUGAUGCUGACCUGGUUUUCAAGAUUCUUCUGGAAAGAUGAUGGGAUAACAGGAACUUGACUUCCUUGGUCCUGCACACAGCAGAGGGGUUGUUUAUUUCUUCCGUCUCCUUUUUCCACCACUCUAGCACCAGAAAGAAGUAAUGAGAAAAAUCUCUUUUAAGGGCCACCAUGUUUUGAACUGUGCAAACACCUAUGCAUUGGAUGUUUGAAGUUGCUAAAAAAAAAAAAAAAAGUAUCAUUUUCCCCAUCUCUGCAUGAAUGUGUAGCUGGCAGUGAGAGAAAGCGAACAGCUAAGUUUAGAUGCAGACCAGUUGGCUGGGACAGGCUGCUGGAGGGCUAACACCUGAGGCCUGCUGUGGCCAGCCAUGUGUUUGGGGCUGACCACUCUCCCCUGCAAAUGCAUGGCAGGCUGCAGCCCAGGCCUGCUAGCCACUUCAGCUUACUGCUGACAACUGCCCAUCCUGACCCUUGUCAUGGGCCUGCCAACGGUGCUUUGUUUGGGGACACAUGAGAAGAGGGAAACAUAACACCUAUGAAUGGAAGUGAGGAUUUCAAGAAGGAAGCAGUAAGUGGGAGAUAGGUGUAAAGGAAGUAGAAAUAAGACAUCAGAGGUGUUGGAAGACAGCAGUGAAAGUCCAAGAGCCAGAGAAGGAGUCUUGGUGUUGGGGAAUUGCAGUGGGCUGGACCCUAGGCUCUGUGUAGUACCUGGAGGACCUGGGAAUCCUGAGGUGCAGUGGUGGGACUUAAAACAUUUCUGAGGCUCAGGAGCUGACAUAAACUUUGGUGAUACCUUUCCUUUUCUUGGCUGCCUGGUUUAACCUCAUCUCACUUGGCUCAGAGUUUGGGGAGAAUGUCAGUCCUGAGCCUGGUAAUAAACAAGGAUGAUUUGUGGUGCCACUGGGGCCUGGAAAGAGGUGAAAGACAGAAGAGGUUUCUCUUACCAUGCCCUUUCACCAACCUCCAUGAUAGGCCACCACUCUGCCUUUGUGACUGUAACAUCCACAAGUCCUGUCUGAAGUGCAGGAUCAGGCCAAACCCAUCUUUGCCCCAGAAGGUUUCCUAGGACAUGCAAAGGAGGUCCUGAGCAUCAUGGAACAAGCCCAAUCAAGGACCUCUGAGAGGAAGAAGAGAUGGUGGAGAGGCAGGCAGGCAGACAGAUAGACCAAGGACAGGGUGGAGAUAGAUGUGGCUCUGAAGUUAGACUUUGUUUCCCCUUAUGGAGGCUCAUGUUGAGGAUAUACUGGGACCAGUACCUGCCUCAUGAGAAAAAGUAGAACCAAGGAAGUUUGUUUUCCACCUUGCCUUUUGAUGUCUGUAUUGAAAAAAAAAAAAAAACAAGGUCAAGCACAUCUGGCCAUGUAAUUCCUAAAAUCUAGUUAAGAAUUAACUUGAAAAGUCAGGAGUCAAAACUCCACAGAGAUGACUGUCCUGGGCAGUCAAGUUCCCUUGUAGAAGAGAUGGACCUCAGUGGGUGCUCAGCGUGCGGAGCCCUUUCCACAACCCUGGGCCACAGUGGUUUUCACAGGCUCAGUUCCUCAAGCCAAAGACCUUGGAUCCCAUUAGAAAAGACCUUGUCCUCUGUUUAAAUACCUGGGCCCUCACCCUACAGAAAUGAGUUUUAAAGCUUCCCCUGUGUAUGCUUGACCAAGAGGCUUCUUUUGUAUGCUUCUGUUGUCCUAUUAUGUGAAUAAAAGUACCAACUU